GAGUUGCUUGCUGAGGGGUUUCUCUCAGCUCCAUAACAAACAGCUCCCCAACUUACCAGUCAGUACUUGCCACGAAUUUCGUCAGAUUGUGAAAGUCCGAUAUCCCUGUGACUCGGGGGUUACCUAACAUUCUUCUCGCAUUCCUUCCAAGCAGCUUGCCAUGGUUCAUCACGCUAUCGGCUUCAAUGACCUUCCCCCGGAGCUGCACCACCUUGUUGCAGAAGAAAUCACGGAUACCCAAACUUUAUUAGCGUUAACCUUUGUAUCUCAAAAUAUCCAUAUUGCCUACACCCCCGAGUUAUUUCAAUCCGUCGACAAGGUAAAGGGAUUGAUUACGCUUGCUACAGCUCAGAAUGAAAGAUACCCUCUCCGAGACACACAUCCAGCUGCCUUUGUCAGACAUCUGGACAUAUGGAUUCCACACGAGGACUUGGGGGGCCCAGAAGCACAUCGAAAAGAAGUCAAGCUUACCCGUAUCGUCCAAGAACACAUGCCACGAGCAUUGCACAAUAUCUCCCUAUAUGGCGGGAAGGCAACAUUACAGUCAUUGACAAUUGAUUUACACAUCGGGACUACAAGUUUUGCAAAACUUAUUGGGAAUAUAGAUGAGGGCAAGGAGCUUUUUAGGUCUCUCCAGCAGCUUUCCAUUCGCUGCUGCUUUCCGGUAAACAAUUUUAGGCAGAGUCUGGCUAAACUGAAAAUGGCCCUCGGUCCUUCACUACGAUCUAUUGAGUUCCACAGGCCCUUGGACGACGAAGCAGAUCCUCGCUCAUUCUCCAAGUUUCUAAACCAAGUUGGCGAACGUUGCGGUAGUUUGACUAAACUUUGCAUCGAAGUUCCCAGCAUUCAGAGAAAGCCUUUCCAUGAUCUUCAAGCCCAAUUCGAUGAUAGAGCUUUUACCUUCCCAUCGCUCGAGGUGUUUUCGCUUACUGGCAGAAGAAGCUUCUCCCAGUCUGCGAAACACACCCGAGCGCUGGAUAUCACGACCUUCAUUCAACACCACCGAGAUAUUAGAGAAUUAGCAUAUCACUGUCUCCAUGAGAUGUCCUUACUGAAAAUCAAGACAUAGUCCCAAACUUGACACGAUUCAGUGAGUAUCUACCAGAGGCGGGGAAGUUGUGUAAAAAUGGUAGACAACCACUAGAGUCACUGGUGGUCUUAAUUGACAGAAGAUCCGACGAAGUGGUGGAAAGAGACCAGCUGUAUAGGGAUCUGAAGCAAACAGCUACAAUUCGUCGACUAAUUAUACAGGAGACUCGUCACCAUCAGCUCUUUGUUGACGGGAUCUGUUCAUAUGAUAUUCACACCAUCGUAGAAGCUUGUCCGAAUUUAACUCACCUUCAAUGUACAUUCAAUCAGAGCGC